AUGCCAGAGCAGGUUCGAUGUUAUGGAUUUCCAGUUAUGGCUCUCCACGGAGUGAUAUGUGCAGCAACUCUUCUGACUCUCUUCUCGCAAGGUAAGAACCCUCCUCGAUGCUCGCACCUGAACCAGAUCCUCCGAUUUCUCAAGUUUUAAAAGAUGUGUUCAAAUUGAUUACAUGUGUUUCCGCUGUGCAAACCCUGCAUGCAAAUUUUUCCUAUCAGGCCAUUUUAACAGUAAAAUACACUAAAUCAACGUAUUUAGUGCAGCCUGCUGUGUAUGGUCAAAAUGUGCUUGAAUGAUGUUUUGCAAAAAGUCAAAUUAAGGAGGAAACAGUGGGUACAAACUUGUCUCAAUAAUUAAAACAACUACUUUAGAGCUUUUGAAAGCAAAUGAGUCUUUGUGCCAUCCCUCAGGAUUGUGUGAUAAAAAUCAAUUACUAAAUAUUUAUUAAACUAUAACCUGACAUGAGUAAAAAGAAGAUUUAUCCUCAUUCAUAUGUUGUUUAAAGAUAGGCGACAAUCUUUUAAAAAAUGUGAUAAAAAAAAAAACAUGCUCUGGAUUGAACUUGAGGUUUCACUUUUCAACUUUACAACUUUGCCUUGAGGCUAAAAAAAAGUAAUGAUUCCUUCACAUCCUCUCCUGUACGUCUCAGAUAUACAUUGUGAGCUCGCGCAGAGGCUGCAUACAGCUGUGUUUUUCUGUCAAUCGCCCUUUUAAAUACUUAUGAUCAACCUUCAACCUAAAUCUGUCGCUAUAAGUCACAAGGAUGUAUAACCUGCAUAUAUAUCCUCAAACCAAAUGAACUGACAGCUUCAAACAAUCGUUCAAUUUGAGUUUUAUUCCAAAAUGAGUCAUUAGUUUCAAGACUAGUUUCUUAUAUUUAACAUUUGAGUAAAUAUUUCGAAUAUAUAACAUUCUUAUAUUUAACAUUUGAAAAAUACGUGUAAAUUUGAAUUAAACUUCGUUCUUAUUGAGAAAAACCUUGAACUCCACCCGAGGCUUGAUUUUUCUGUUUGAUGUCAAAGUUUACAUAUUCCAGUGGAAAUUAUUUUUGACACAUUACGAUAAAUUAAUCAGUAUUCAUUUAUCAAAAAUUAUGCAUUUUUAUUUUCUCUUUUUGAGCAAUUUAAAGGUAAUCCAUUUUUUCAGAGGUGUUCUGCAAGUGAACAAUCCAAAAUCUAGAGUGCCGAAUGUUGUAGGACGUACUGACAAGAUCAAUUUGAGUCUUUCAUAUAAUUCAACCCUGUGACUUCAAAAUCAUUAAAGAAAGACUGCGGUUUUUCCACCGAGGAACUUGGACUAAAGACAACUUUUUUUUCAUGUUUUACAUGUGGUUAGCGCACACACCUCUCUGUGCUGGGAUUACAGACUUCAUUCUCUACUCUCCACAUUUCCUGAUCCAAUAGAGGCAAAGAAAUGCCCAAAAAUAACUUUUGAAAAAUAUCAUUUAUUUAGAAUAGAGUAUUACAACUCUAAUCUGCAGCACUCCUCUGUGGAUAACUCACUCCAGAGGAAACAGAGUACUCCUUCAGGUGAUUUUAGGACAUUCUGAUCUGCAAGAUCUCCUGACGUCCAGCAAGUUUCAAUCAGUGCAUUUCACAAGGCAGAGACAUACAGAGGAAAAACUGUUGCGUGAUAGACUGAUUGUGUUUGCUCAUGGUGUUUGAGGAACACUGAUGUAGGUACAAGAUAAAUCUUGAUAACAGCUAAGAAAUAUGUAGAGAGAUACAAAUGCGAACAAGGCAUUUAAAACCUCCAAAACAAGACUUUGGUCCAAGAUCAUGACCAGAGAUUCUUUUCUAACCUGUAUAUCAGACAGUAUGUGUCACUGAAAAUAAGUUUUGGCUCCUUCAGAAUAAAUAAGUGAAAACAAAAGUUUAAUUACCUGAGCUGCUGAUGUUUGGUGCUGUUCCUGCAGCACAUAUGACUCAUUUUAAAAGGUCUUGUGGUUGCUGAAAUCGAGGAAUAAUUGUGGAAGGAAGGGCUCUGAAGAUCAGAGAUUAAAGCCACUUGAAAAUGCUGUCAUCAACACAGAUGUCAAUCAGCAUCACUCAGUUUAGCGGUGGUGGGUCACAGGUUGCCACACCUUAAGUAGCCGAGGAAAAACCAACUUCUGAGAGAUUGAGGAGAGAAUGACAGAGCAGAAUCAUUUUUGUUAGACGGUGACUUUUCAGAUUAAAAUAAUCAAACUCAAAAGAAGAGGUUGACUCAUGCAUGCUUUUGCAUUUGAGGUUCAUACAUAGUUCAACCUUUUUUAUAACCUAAAUGGACCUACGAAUAUAUCACCUAUACAAGAGUCAAACAAAAACCAUUAACCCUCACUCCAUCAUCUUACGGAUUAACUCAAACUGGUCUGACCUCAAAUGCCGUUUUCAAAGCGAACUUCAAACCCAUCCUGGGGCAUACCAUGAGUGCGUUUACAGUGACUUGAACCUUACAGGUCUUUUUUCAUGCAUAACAGUAGAGGAUGUUCAUAAACCCUGCAAGCUAAACAAGUAUUGCAUAAUGAAACUUUAGUGGAAGCAAACCGGCUCUUUAAAACAACUACAGUCUGCAGUCAGACGUAAAGGAGAUUACCAAGAUGCCUCGAGACUCGAUUAGACUUUUGGUUUUAGUAUCCCCACGAUUACAUAAUACUAUCACUUCAAUGAGUUCAGAGUGCUGCGUCUACUGACAGACCGUAUUCAUAGACCACAGGAUGUAGCCUAUAGGGCUGAGAGGGGAAGUCCUCUUCAUUAACAUUGCAUUUUCUGUAACAUCGCAGGGGCCUGUUAACCUGGAUGCAAAAAAUCUAAUUGUAUGGAAGUCAGUGAAAAAUGAGCGUGCUUCAGAAUUUUUUUGAUUGACAAAAUGAAAUAUUUAACGUGAAUCUUUUGGUCUAAGUGGCAAGUGUGAAGUAAGCAGCAACCUUCCAGAGUUUCAAAAUUAAGUCAUUUGCAGGAGUGCGUAAAAACUGUAGUUCCUUGGAUGUCCACUUGGGGCUGGCCCCAAAAGCAAAGGAAAACCCAAAACUUAUACUAAAACAGCUAUUUUUAAACUAGAUUCAUCACAUCCAGAACCUUUUAUUUGUCUUUUUUUUUUAAAGAUUAUUUCUUCAAAAUGUUUCCCUAUUCCCCAAAUAGUUUUGUGUUUUCAACAUUUAUUUUAUCAUUUCUGAUUUCUUUAUUCUUACAAAAAAACUAUGUUUUGGAAUUUAUUUGUGUUUUCUAAAGAAUAUAUUUCAUGUUUGUGAGAAAUAUUGUCAUGUUUUGGUAAAUGUUUUUGUGUUUUAUGAAAUAUUCUAUUAUCGCCUUCUUAAAAUAUUUAUGCCACUGACCUAAGGGCCACAAUACUAAUUCUAUUUCUUACAUACAAACUUCAACUGAUGGACAUGUGCAUUCGUUGCUGCAUGAACUCCAGAUCAUUUAAUAGUAGACGCUGAAGGCUUGUAACAUGCAGAGACUGUCAUACAAAAUUAAAUUAAAAAAUAAUUAAAAAAACAUGACUCAGUUUGGACAUAUGCACUUGUCCUUGUUUUGAGGUGCAUCUUUGUUCAUGUGUAGAGUUCCUUAUAUUUGGAUGAAGACUUGUUUCCAUUAAGUGCAUUGUCUACUUGUUCUGUUCCCUCGUUAGGUCCAAUCACAUGACUGUUUUAUCUGCGUGUGAGUAAACUAUGUAACUCUGGCUGUGAUACAUCAGUCAAUAUCUGCUGACAACUCUCUACUCUGUCUGUCAUCAUAUAUUAUGAUAGAAACACAAAAAAAAAAAGACAUUUGAGAGGAAAAUGUUCCUGUGUGUCCUUAAACUAUACAACCCAUGUUCUGGUAUGUGAAAAAUCCUGUAAGACUAGGCCUUAAAACCCGUCUGAUGGGACCUCUACACACUCACACACACGCAUGCAGCCCGUCGUCAUGCGAUGGGGAAAUCUGUUACCACAGUGUAAGAAAGGUCAAAAAAGAAAGGUACAGAGCAUGACAACACCACCCUCUAACCAACAAAUAACAGCGUAGGUGUUAUUUAUCAUGCUGCCAUUGCUACCACUGACAUUUUUUGCUUGUUUUGAAGGAAGUUUUCAGGACUUGUGUUACAUCAGGGUUUAAUGAUAGGUGCUGUCAAUUAUCUGGUACCCUCAUUGUUUGGCUCUAUGCAUGAAGAAUGGCAUGAACUUUAUAUGUGACAAGCCGGACUAAGGUGACGGAUUGUCUUCAAAUGGGGAACUACAGAGGCCUAUCUCUUUUAUUUUUGUUCCUUUAAAAAUAGAACCACAUCUCAGUGUCGGCAUUUAUGAGUGAAAAUGGAUUUUGAAUUGUCUGAAUGAUUGUUUUCUGUUUUACAGGGUGUCACUCGCAGCUAAAUGGUAAGUCUGCUUCUAUUUUAUUGUGCAGUGAUUUGUUGUUUUCAAACAGAAAAAAAGCAAUAAACUUUGUGGACUCAUUGUGAAAUAAAAAUAGUCUUACCUUUAUGAAUCAGGGAUGUUUGAUCAGUUUGGAGUUAUCCAGCUCACUCCCACACUCACUUAAUCCUCCUCCAGGAGUUACAGAUAGAUUUCUGCAGGAGCGCAAACUUGGCUAAUGUAGCAGGAAGCAUGGAGGAUUUCUUUUCAGUGAUUGUCCCUUUUUUGUUGUUUUUAGUGUGUGGUAAGCCUCCACUCAACAACAGGAUCGUUGGAGGGGCUGAAGCGCCUGCAGGCACCUGGCCCUGGCAGGCCAGUAUCCAUGGAACCAGAGGUCACUUCUGCGGUGGUUCCCUUAUUAACAAAGAGUGGGUGCUGAGUGCUGCUCACUGCUUCGCCAGGUAAAGGACGGGAGGAAAAGAGUCCAUUUAGGAAAUGAAAGCUCAAAGUUCAGUUUCUGUACAACGCUGACAAGUCAUUGAUUUUACUGUUGAAAUGUCACACUGAGAUACUGUGAUAAAACUGCACUGAGCAAUGAUAAUAUCAAAGAAUGAUUGACAGUCUACAAAUGGCUAAGUUAAGUCUAUGUGAUUCUUGGUUUAAAAGUUCUGUCUAUCCUGAUCCCUUCAGCACCGGCGUCAGCACCAGCGAUCUGAGCGUGUACCUGGGUCGUCAGAGUCAGCAGGGAACUAACCCCAACGAGGUUAGUCGAUCAGUAACGCGAGUCAUCAAUCACCCUGACUACAACCCCCGAUCAGGUGACAAUGACAUCAGCCUCCUGAAGCUCUCCGCACCUGUUGAUUUUACCGACUACAUCUUGCCCGUGUGCCUGGCAGCCCCUGACAGCACCUUCUUCAGUGGAGUUGUCUCUUGGGUCACAGGCUGGGGUGACAUUGGCUUUGGAGGUGGGUGAUCUUGUCCUUUUUAUGCUAAAGUAGUGUCAUCUGACAAAAAAAUCUCUUCCUGCUGACCUCUGACUGUCAGAUAUGUUAUUCACUGUGAAUAUUUCAGGUGGAAAUUGUAAAAACAGCCUUUCUUCUUCAGCUGCUUGCACUGGUAUUAGUUCUUAUAUAGUACAUCAGUAAAUCCUCGCUCUUGUUUCCCAUGGUCUUGUUUGCUUCUCUAUGUCACAAAAAAGCACCAAUAUGAAUUCAAGUCUGUUUCACAAACAUCCAAAUACUCCUCACAGGAGCUUUAACUCGCCUUGUCCUCAAUUUUCACGUAUUCAACAAGACUUGAAGUGUGCCACCUAUCUUUUGGCAUACACUCUAAAAACUCUGGUUAUUUCUUCAACUCAAUUCCUGGGUUAUACGUAUUGAGUUAAAUUUCUGGGUUAUUUUUCAGAUCCAUACCCAUUUCUUGGGUCAUAUUGAUUCUAUUGUAACCCAAUUUGAUGUUUUUUUUUAAUGGAUUAAUAACUAUGGGUAAUUUUUCUGAGAGUAACCCAAUAAUUGGGUCAGACUGUUGGGUUCGAUUGACUCUGCGUGGUUUCUAGGCCUAAUGGCAAUUAAAGUGACCUUGUAAACUUUGACCUUUUAUAUAUUUUUAUUAUUUAUUUUAUAUACAAUAUGGUAUAUAUAUCAUAUAUAUUGGGGAAGCUCAGGCUAGCUACCCCAAUAUGUAUUGGGCUGGAGUAGCUCAGCAGGUAGAGCGUCCGGUCCCCAACCAGGGGUUUCGAAGUCCACAUGAGACACAUCUGUAAGGAGCGAAUUACAUCUACCAGUGUGGGUCCAUAGGCAAGACCCUUAGCACUAUGGCCUACCUCAUAAACAUAAGUGUAUUACCAUUGAAAGCCAAAUCGGCUCAGACGUCGCCCGGGUCAACAAGGUCUGCAGAGCUCCCAAAAAAAGCUCCCUAAAUGCAUAUAUCAAUUUAAUCCAAGAUCAUGAGUCAAAUUAACUCGAAGAUUGGAUUAACUUGACCCUUAAAAAGGGUUAUUGAGUCAACCCAAAAUUUGGGUUAAUUUGAAUAACCCAACAUUCUGGAUCACAAUGACUCAAUAAGUAGUCAGUCCCUUUUCAACCCUGAGGUUUUUAGAGUGUAUGAAUGAAACGUUGCCUGAUGUGUGAAACUACUUUGAGGCAACAUAAUGAAACAUAAUUUGUUUACCUACAGUGCCCCUUCCUGCCCCACAAAACCUAAUGGAGGUGGAUGUGCUGGUUGUGGGAAACAGACAGUGUAAAUGUAACUAUGGAGUGGGAAGAAUCACAGACAACAUGAUCUGUGCUGGUGUAAACACUGGAGGGAAGGACUCCUGUCAGGUGCUUAUUUUUGAUGCACAUAUUUGUAGCAGAUUUUACAUCCUGAAAAGAUUCCUCCCCCUAAAUGCUUCUCUUAUUUUGUAAAGGGGGACUCAGGGGGUCCAUUGGUAAGUAAGCAGAACAACCAAUGGGUCCUGAGUGGGGUCGUGAGUUUUGGGGAAGGUUGUGCUCAGGCAGAGUUUCCUGGAGUCUACGCCCGUGUGUCUCAGUAUCAGUCAUGGAUCAACUCUCAUAUCACCAGCGACCAGCCGGGCUACAUCACAUUUAAGUCCACUGGGACUGACAGUGACCUCAGUGUCUCCUGUCCUGGCCUGCCACCACCACCAACCACCCUGCCUCCAACAACCACACCCAGACGUGAGUACCUGUCAUGUCCAGACUGUAAAUGCCCAUUUCCUGCCUUGACUUUGUAACUUGAUAGUUUUUUAAGACAAUGUUUACAGUUUGAUCAUGGUUGAUUUAUUUCAUCAGAAUUACAAUCUCAAUCACAUCUUUUGGUGCAAAUUUCAACAGUUGGUCAUUUGAAAUCUCAACUCCAUUUAAAGCAAAAUUGUCUUAACGUCAAGAAACUUUGAUUGUGUGGUCUAAAUUUCAGUACUUAUAGUCUUAAAAAACUGUUGUUUACUUUUCUUCCUGUUCUCUCCAGCUGUAGUAUGUGGUGAAGCCACAAUGAACUCACGCAUUAUUGGUGGAAGCUCAGUCACAUCCCCUGGUCUGUGGCCAUGGGUAGCAAGCCUGCAUCAGAAUGGAAGCCAUACGUGUGGCGGGACUCUGGUGGCCGUGGAUUCUGUUUUGAGUAAUGCCAACUGCUUUUCAAGGUGAGACAACUGAGGAAAUAUCAUAAAUUGCAUGUUAUUGUCUUUUCUGUUUUGAUAGUCAAGGGUUGAAAUGACCAAAAACAACACAAACUUAGUUUUUUUAGAUCCCACAUAGACAGGAGGACAACUGAAGCAGCUUAAAGGGAUAUUCCGGUUAAAAUUAAGUUUAGGUCAAACACACCGUAACACAGAGUCAGACAUCUUGUCAAGAGAUGAAUGUUGCCAACCGCUUGCUUCUCUAGUUAUACCAACUUUAGUAACGACUGCAUGAUAACAAUACACAGAGUCACAUGCUCAACCAAAACGCCACUCUAUAGCCACAAAUAAUGCUCAGAACAGCACCUAACUUCAUCAACAGUUCGUUGUAUGGCGUUUUGGUUGAGGUUUGCGUGUGGCUCCAUAGACCGCUGUGUAUUGCUAUCGUGCGGUUGUUACUAAACUUGGUAUAACUAGAGAAGCAAGCAGUCGGCAACAUUCAUGUCUUGAUGGGGUGUCUAACUCGGUGUUACAGUGUGUUUGACCCUAACCUAACUUUUACGCCGGAAUAUCCCUUUAACUACAGUGUGCCUACAGGGCCAAAUUGUGCAUGCCUAAAAAAUAUUUAAUUUCAGACCUUAACUGCAUAAUUAUUAAAACAUUAAUGCUGACAGUCCUCAUAUGGACCAAUGGGAAUGUACUGAAUCUUGCAUGCUGAUGGCUAUAAAUGAGGGUGCAUCCUCUGGAAACCACGAAUGAACAAAAACUUUGCUUGUGCAUACAGUAGAUGUUAAAAUAUUGAUUCAAGAAAAAAGUAAAUUUUAUCCUCCAUAGGCUUUAGAGGAAAAGUCACAAGAUUCCUUAUUUUACAUCAUACGACUCCUCUGGGGACCAUGCAUGUACUGCACAUUUAAGCUUCGAGGUGAAAUGCUGUGAUGUUGUAGAUUUUUGGUCAACAGAUCAGCAUGUCCAUAAAUCUAUUUUUUCAAACAGGACUUGUCGACUUUACACUAAACAUAGCUGUUUGAUUGGACUGGAAGAGCAGAGGUCAUGUUUAAAAAAAAAAAAAAAAAAAACCCUUCAAGGGUAAAUCUGCAAAGAGCUUAAUCUCUGGUUUAAACUGAUCAAACACUCCCCCCAAUCAGUGCUGAUUCAGUUCAUUUCCCUCUCCCCAGUACACCUGUACCAUCUGAAUGGACCGUGAUUUUGGGUCGGUUGAGACAGAAUGGAUCCAACCCCUUUGAGGUGACUCUGAAAGUGACAAAUAUCACUCUGAGCAACCUCACUGGAAAUAAUGUGGCAGUUCUACAUCUGGCAUCCCAGGCCCCCCUGUCUGCCUAUAUCCAGCCUAUCUGCAUUGACAACGGGCUGACCUUUAGCGAGGGCUCCACUUGCUGGGGUGCUGGCUGGAGUUCAAGGCAUGGCGGAGGUGAGUCUAUGAAGCAUUUAACCACUACUAGACUGUUUGUAGUUUGUAUACCUCCCCAGCUAAGUCAACUGCCACCUGGGUGUGAUUGGCUUCUGACGGCCUUCUUUUUCUUGUUUUCAGCGCAAGAAUUUCUGCAGGAGUUCCAAACCACAGUUGUAAAUUGUGGAAACGACUCAACAAGUGAAAGAAUUUGUACGAAUGCAUUCCAACUUCAGGACGUGAGUGAAAAGAGCCUGAGACAGUCAAGAUAAUAGUAGACUUUGAGUUUUUAUUCAGGUGUUGAUCAUCAGAAACCUUGAUUUUCUCUUAAACCUCAUGGCUGAUCUGAGCUUCACAUUGUAUCAUUUCACCUUCAGCUGAAGAACUCUGCGAAUUGUCAUUAUAGGGAUUGGCAUUGGCAUUAUAGGGAUCAAAGCUAACUUGAUAAAGACCUUCAAGUAGGUACUUUUGUAUCACCCUAUUUUCUUGUCAAACCUAAAAACUUUCCUGUUUCCUCAGGGCGAUUCUGGUGGUCCACUCAUGUGUAAAGUGAGUGGGUCCUGGUUCCAAGCAGCUGUAUUACAAUUAGAAAACAACUCUAGCAGUCUAACACGACAGAAGUCAAAAAUGGUCUUGGAGAAACUGAGCCGCUUUCAGACCUUCUUGUCAGCAACAAUAGGGACGUUCUUGUCUCCAACCUCCAACAACAGCACCAACAGCACCAACAACAGUACUGCCACCACAGCCUCCCCUGUUAUGACCACAGCCAGCAGUAAUGUGGAUGUUCCUUACACCUCCUUCUUCAUGUUUUUUCAUCUUCUCGUCUUCGCUUUGAGUCUCCAACUAUUUGUAUAG